GUGCCGGGCUGCGCACGCGCGCGUUCGUCGAGGUUACCUUCUGUGGCUCUGCUGAGCACGGGUCGUCGCUCAGCCUGCUAGUGACAUUGCAACGCUUACUUAUCUUCUACUGAGAUAGUUUCGUUUUUAUUCAAUUGACGGAGAAAGAGUACGCCCCCUUCGGUUAAACGACAGGGCGCCGCAUCUCUGGAGUGCACGGAGUGGAUCGUCUGCAACCGUGUCGAAGGCUCGCCGAGCUCUCCCGAUCAGGCCUGGUAGUCCAGAAGUGGGCUGUACCGUUCACGAACCGUUCGUGUUCCUUCUGCGAGCAACGGCACAGUCCGUUGCGGAUUCGUCCAGAGGGUGCCCCCGGAAGGUUCGAGACCCAAGAACAUUUCGAACUGCUUUUGUGCGCAAGCAAGAACUUCUCAUCCGUAGUUUCGCAGUAGCCGGGAUUUCUUCUUUCCGCCGCAGUGAUAUUCCGGGAUAUCUGCAAAUCCCGGGUCAUCGCACCCGCUUUUCCUUCUGUUCGACGAAGCACUCUCGACUGUGCGCCUGACGUCACUCGGUGGAGUGUCCCGGACAGAAGAAGGCCGACGUUCCGCUGUUGACCGACCGUCGCGACGACUGGCUCGGGGAAAAGAAAAAUCCCGUGUGCCGCCGAGCAGUUUCCGUUGUUUAGCCGAGUGCCCAGUGUUAGUCACAGCCGGCGACCGACCACUUCGCUCGGUUUACUCAUCUCCUGCGGUCAGACAUGGGCGCCGGUCUCUGCAGCCGUUCGGCCAAAUGGCAGCCUGGAAAAGAGGCAGACAUAGGCCUCAUUGGCCUGGCGGUCAUGGGACAGAACCUGAUCCUGAACAUGAAUGACCAUGGCUUUGUGGUAUGUGCCUUCAACAGAACAGUCGAGAAAGUGGACGAGUUUCUCAAGAAAGAGGCAAAGGGGACCAAGGUUAUCGGCGCCCACUCCCUCGACGAAUUUGUCUCCAAGCUCAAGACUCCACGCCGAAUUGUUCUGCUUGUCAAAGCUGGAGAGGCAGUCGACGGCUUCAUCAACAAGCUGGUUCCUCUGCUGGACAAAGGCGACAUCAUCAUUGAUGGUGGCAACUCGGAGUACCAGGACAGCGAGCGCCGGUGUGAGGCCCUCAAAAGCAAGGGCAUUUUAUUCGUGGGCUCUGGAGUGAGCGGUGGUGAGGAAGGUGCACGACAAGGCCCAUCGCUCAUGCCUGGUGGCAACCCUGAGGCCUGGCCCCACAUCAAGGAAAUCUUCCAGAGCAUUUCUGCAAAGGCAGAUGGAGAGCCAUGCUGCGACUGGGUUGGCGACGGUGGCUCGGGCCACUUUGUCAAGAUGGUCCACAACGGCAUUGAAUAUGGUGACAUGCAGCUCAUCUGCGAGGCCUAUCACCUCAUGAAAAAUGCAGCUGGUCUGAACCAUGACCAGAUGAGCGAGGUUUUUACGAAGUGGAACAAGGGUGUUCUUGACUCCUUCCUAAUUGAAAUCACAAGCAACAUUCUCAAGUUCAAGGACACUGACAAUGAGCCCCUUGUGACAAAGAUCAGAGACUCUGCUGGGCAGAAAGGAACAGGCAAGUGGACAGCAAUAUCUGCACUCCAGCAUGGAAUUCCAGUUACUUUGAUUGGAGAGGCAGUAUUUGCCCGUUGCCUGUCUUCACUCAAGGACCAGAGAGUUGAGGCGAGCAAGAUUUUGUCUGGCCCAACUGGAAAGCUGACUGGUGACCCCACGGAGUUUGUCGAACACAUUAGGAAGGCACUGUAUGCUUCAAAGAUUGUGUCCUAUGCCCAAGGUUUUAUGCUUCUGCGAAGCGCAGCCCAGGAAUACAAGUGGAACCUUAACUAUGGGGCGAUCGCUUUGAUGUGGCGUGGUGGCUGCAUUAUCCGGAGUGCCUUCUUGGGCAACAUCAAGGCAGCCUUCGACAAGAACCCCUCACUGAGCUGUCUGCUGCUCGACAGCUUCUUCGUGGAUGCCAUUCGUGACUGCCAGACUUCCUGGCGCCACGUGGUGGCCACUGCUGCACAGCUAGGCAUCCCCACACCAGCAUUCAGCACUGCGCUGGCCUUCUAUGACGGAUUCCGCUCAGACACUCUGCCGGCCAACCUUAUUCAGGCCCAGCGGGACUACUUCGGGGCGCACACGUACGAGCGGCUCUCCGAGCCCGGCAAGUUCGUCCACACCAACUGGACCGGCCAUGGUGGCAAUGUCUCCUCAUCAUCCUACAACGCGUGAUCUCUGCUGCCCCAGCCAAUCUCUCCUCUCUGCCCUCCCCUCCCCUCCACACACGUGGUCCUCUCCUCCUCACCCAGAAGGCUUGUCACUUUUUGACGCCAGUUUUGAAAUAUAGUAGUUUUAUUUUGCGGUUAAAAUAAAGAUUUUUAAAAUACAA